AUGGAAAAUGCGGAUAAAGUCUUGCACAAGGACUUGGUCCUGUCCCUCAGAUGCUUGGCACGGUUCUUUUGGCACUACCCGGUGGUCAUCUUUCACACCAAUAGCACAACAGCCUUGGAAUUGAACUGGAUGCGCUCCGUCAUUCCUGGCCAACUGCAAGUUGACUUUGAAGAAGUGUCCCUGGAUUUUCCGGCAUCGCUCCUUGAGUCUCCGGGUGGGCCAGAUGCAUUUCUGCGACCACCUUCCUGCAUGCUUGAUGGGCACCACCAGUGGAGCUUGCAACGCAGCUGCGGCUGCCGUUGCCCUGCUUGGCGACCGCAAUGUUGGCCGCUGAACUGGAUGCAUGCCACGCACUUCUUCACCGCUGGAAUGUUCCGGACAAAGACCUUUCAAGAUGGGGGCUACGAUUACUUCUUGCGGCUCGAUAUUGACCUUUUCUUCGUGGAGGAGCCCAUCUUGGAUCCCUUCCAGCACAUGGCAGACCAUGGCUGUGUCAUGGUCUAUGACCGGCUGUCGCGUGAAGCGCCUGGUUGCUUUGACGACUUCGACCAUCGUUGCCAAGAGUACCUGGACAGGAUGGAGUAUUUUGGCCAACCCGAUGUUGACAUUCUUCAAGUAGGCCAUGGUCCUGCAGCAGCCGGCGGCCAGUGGACCAUUGGUGAUGUGCGGUUGUUUACCUCACCGAGGUACCUCCACUUCGCUGACCAUUUUGCCAGCGGGAUCUACUCGCACCGCUGGGCAGACCAGCUGAUCUUGCUGCGAGGUGCAGCGCUCUUUGGUCCUCGGGCAAAUCUGCAACCAGAGUCCGAAGUCCCCGCAGUGUCUUUGUGUCUAGCAUCUCUCUUUCGGCAAGGUGCUGAAGGCGGCGUGGGUGGCGCACCCCCUGGUCUUGUUCACCUGAAGGGCGGGUUCCGACAAGAUUGGCUGCUGGAGACAUGUGCGGCUGAAGAUGCCUUCUUGAAAAAGUUCUUUGCACGCAAGCUU